AUGGCAACGACGGCGCAGCUCGUGCUGGACCGCACCGCUGCGGCGCGGCUGGCGCAGGACGGCGGGGCGCGCGAGCGGGCUGCGCUCGAUGCCCUCGUCGACGCGGUCCUGUAUCCUGCUGCUUCGACGUCGGCGCAUGCCCAUCCCAGCGCUGGCAAGAGAGGCCAUGGACAGGGACAGGGGCAGACACACAGAACAGGCGCCAUGAGCACGGCUGAACGCGUUCGGGCGCUGCGAUCCGGUGUGCGAUCAGGCGCAGCAGCGAGGCACGGAGAGACAGACAACGAGGAGGGAGGCGCACUGCGGUGCGAUGCGACGGGCACGCUCAGCUGGCGCACCGGCGGACAGCGCCUCGUGUGGACGCGCGGUGGGCAGGACGAGGUCGUGCGCCUGUUUGACUUUUCCCAGGCGGCCGCUGCCACUGCCGCUGCCACUGCGACAGAUCGGCCGAGGGGCAUCAUCGUUGACGCCGCGUGGGUGUGGAUCGACGUUGGGCCGACGUGGGACGAGCAGCUGCCAACUGCGAUGACCAGCUCGGUGGAGAGAAGAGAAGGAGACAGGCCAACAGCAGCAUCGGACGAAGUCACGUCGGCGCUCCAGAAGCUCUUUCGCGCCUCAGCCUCCCCUGCGCCCGCACCGGCGACAAAGACGAAGCGAAUGGGGGCGAGAGCGCCAGCAAGAGCACGAGCACGGGCACUGUGCAUCCUCGUCGGCAGCACGCUGCUGCUGCACCUGCCGCAGUCGGGCCAGGAGCACAUGCGCAAGCUCGACUUUCGCCCUGCGCGCCUCUUUGCCCUUGGUGGUGAGGGCGAGGGCGAGGGCGAGAGUGGCAGUGGGAGCAGCGGCGAUGGCAGGAGUGACGCCGGCUUCUUUGUCCAGCGCGAGGCCGAGGCCGAAGACCGCGUCGAGCGAUGGCGUGGCUCGGCAGGCGACGAGACAAUGGCAGACGACGACGACGAAGAAGCAGGCCCGCUCUCGACGCUCUUCUACCUGCGCAGGCCCUUUGACGACUUCAAGCCCGUCGAUGUCGUGAGCGCCCUCUGCGAUGGCGACGAUGUCGAAGGCGUGCGCAGACGAGCGGUGGGCCGACCGGUGCCGUUCAACCGCAUCGAGGAGCGCGUCAUCUUUGUCGCCCCCGACAGCCGCACCCCGCUCCUCGUCGCUCUCGAUGCGCGCAGGAGGGUGGUGGUCAUCUAUGCAUACAUGCACGGCCGUGCGCCUAUUCUCUUGGAGGAGGAGGGGGAGGAAGAGCAGCAAGUGGGCAUGGAGAAGAAGGCGAUGGUGGCAAGCAAGAGGAGGCCGCCUUCGAUGGUGGUCCAGCAGCAGCAGCAGCGCAGACGAAGCUCGCGCCUGCUCGAGUCUGCCGGUGCUGGGGCUUCCGCGGGCGAGGACAUGGGCGUGCGACGCCGCAGCGCCCGCUUCUCGUCGCUGCCCAUGCAGCAGCAGCAGCAGCAGUACGCCACCACGACGCCGCGCCAUCCCUCCUCAUCGUCGUCGUCGUCGUCAGCAGCAGCAGCCACGGCGACGGUGCAACGAGCUCACCACCACCACCGACCGCCUGCACAGACGCCGGCGCGGGCGCUGCUGGGCGAUGCCGACGAGGCGCGCCGCCGCGAUGGCGACUCGGCCGAGGUGCGCGACGCCGACAUGGAGGAGAUGCUCAACGUCUUUGAGGAGCUCGAUGCACGCAGCGGCAGCCCGCGGCGCAGUGGCACCCCGCGGCCGCGCGCCUCGUCGCACAUGGCUGCCGUCGCCAGCAGCAGCGACGGUGCGGCCGCAUCAGACGCCGUCGCCUCGUCGUCCUUUGCUGCUGCUACUGGUGCGGCACCGGCUACGGUGACGCGGCGACGAGCGAGCGUCAUGGCGCGCCUCGCCUCCAACUCAUCGAGCGGUCCGGCCAUGCGCAGGCAGGCCCGUCCCUCUGGCGUAGCUGGUCCUCGUGAUGAUGACUUGGAUGCGCCAUCGCAGCAGCAGCACCAGCACCAGAGACGCACCAGCAGCCGCCGAUCGGCAGUCGCUGGCUCGGGACAGGCUGUCGUCGCACCAGCAGCAGCAGCAGUAGUAGCAGCACCAGCAGCAAGUGGCCAAGAAGGACCGGGCCUCGAGUGUUUUGGCCGCUUCGCCCAGGGCUUUGCCUACCUGGCGCCCCUGGCAGAGAUUGCGCUUGACGAAGGCGAGGGAGACGACGAGGGCGAUGUCGAGGCUUUCACCAGCCGCGAUGGUGCCGUGCUGUACGUCCAUCGGCGGCGCAGGGGUGUGCUGCUGCGCAGGUGGGUGCGCCGCGAUGCGCUUGGCCAACUGACCCUCGUCGAAGAGCACGACGACGAGAGGGAAAGCCACGGAAGCGAAAUGCGAGGCGUGGCGCGCGCCGUGCCAGUGGGUUCGCGCGCGAGAAAGGACCUGCUGUUCAUCGCCGACGACGGUGCCGGCGCACUGCGGCUGCGGCUGGGUCCAGGCGUCGAGCUGGACAUCGAGGUGGAGCGUGCCGUCGCCAUCGACUGGCGCACGGCCACGCUGACGAGCACGUGGGCCGGCGACGACGACGGCCUCGAGCUUGUGCGCAUCCACCACGGUCAGGCGCGGUCAGUCGCUGAGCUACAGCUGCAGCUCGAGCCGCGGUGCCGGCUCAGCAGGCUUGUUCUUGAUGCCUGCCUCGUCGCCGCUGCCUCGCCGUCGGCGGGUGCCAGGCUGCGCCGGGCGUGGUUCGUCGCCCGGCGCAGCACGGCGCCUGCCGCGCGCACGCGGAGCGACUGGGACAUAGUCGUCGACGUUGUGCUGGGCCGCGAUGCUGUCGAUGCCGACCACGGUCGACGGCACAACGACGCGCCGCUGCUCGUGCUCCUCGAGACGCUCGCCCAGGACGCGCGCCUGGACACGGUGGCGAUGCACGACGACGUGCCCCGGCUCGCGCGCCUCAUCACGCGCCUCGCCCAGCGCAGCCACUGGGCCCACGUCGUCGACUACUGGGCCCGCCUGGUGCCCGGCUGCUGGCUCGCCUGUGCUCGUGUCGAGCACACCGCCGAGGCCGACUACGAGCCCGUGGGCGACAUCUACCGCGACGCGCAGCAGCUCGUCGAGGGGCGGCGCGUGCCGCUGCCUGGCACACGCGACGCGCGCAUACAGAGUCUUAUCCCCCGGACGGUGCGCCUCUUUCGCGUCCUGGCUGCGUUUGCAAUCAACACGGCCGAGACUGAGAUGGAAGGCGACACGCAGAUGGAGACGGGGAUGCAGCCGAUCAGAGGAGAAGAGAAAGCAAGGACAGACCAGAAAAGGACAGACGGGAAAGAGGAGCGCGACCGGCGCGUCGUCGACGCCAUGCUCGAUGCUGGCCUCGACGCGCCGGGCGAGAUGGACCGACUGCCCCGGCGGAUCGCUGCGCCCCUGCUCGGCGCCAUGGCCCGCUGCCGCACCGCUGGUCCUGCGCGCUGGACGAGCCGGGCGUAUGCGUUUGUGGGUCGCGCCGACCUCGCACGCCAGAUGGACCCGGACCAGGUGCCCGUCGGCCCGCGCCUCGAGCCCGUUCACAGCAGCAGCAGCGACGGGGCAUUUUCACAGCAGCAGCAGCAGCAGCCACUCCAGCUGGACGCCGUCUGCGGCAUGAUCUUUGGCGCCGACGCACGGCUGCGCGACGUGGGCGAGAUGCUGCAGAGCGGGCGGGCCGUCACCGUCGCCAGCCCGGCCACCGAGGGCGUGUCCGAGGACCGGGCGGGGGAGAUGCAGCGUGCGCUCCUGCUCACCGUCACGGAGCGCAUCAAGGCCACGCCGCUCGGCCGCAGCCUGCUCACCGUCGCCUCGCGGCCCUACCAGCCCUGGCUGCGCUUCCCCACGGAGCGCGUGUGCAUGGCUGUGCGCAUGCUGGGCAACGUCGUUGUCAGCCACCGCGAGCCCGACGCCGAGAGCGCCGAGAUGGAGUGGCCCGAGUUUCAUGCCGGCGUCGCCAGCGGCCUCUCGCUCUGCCUCGAGCGGGGCGACACCGUCGAGAGCGGCUGGAUCUUCAGCAACUCGUCGAUGGCAAAUGCGGCAGGAGGACCAGCAUCAUCAGCAGCAGCAGCAGCAGUCCCAGCACCAGCACAGCCAGCGAUGACGGCCAGGCACGCCGGUUUCGUCCUCGGCCUCGGCCUGCUCGGCCACCUGCGCCACCUCGGCCGCAUCCACGCCUUUCGCUACCUCAAGGAGCGCCACGGCCCGACGUCGAUUGCGCUACUCGUCGGCCUCGGCGCCUCGUUUCUCGGCACGCGCGACCUCGUCGCACGCACGCUGCUCUCCAUGCACCUCCAGGUCGCCCUCCCGCGCGAGGCGGUGCCGCUGCGCACGACGAUGCUCACCCAGGCCGCCGCGCUUGUGGGUAUGGGUCUGCUGCAUGCGGCCACCGACGACGCCUGGGCUGCGCGCACCGCGCUCAGGGCCCUCGCUGCGCGCCGCGUCACGACCGACGACAGCCAGAUGGUCGCGCGCGAGUGCUACUGCCUCUGCGCCGCCUUUUCACUGGGCCUCACCCUGCUUGCGUCAGCCAGGCGGUCUGCUUCCAAGACGACGACGACGACGGAGCUGGAGCGCGACGUCGUGGCCCAGCUCGAGGCACUCAUGACGCGCCGCCGCAGCCCCGCCUCGGACGAUGGCGAUGAAGACGACGACGGCUCAGACGACGGCGGCGGCGAGACUGCUUCAGCACUGUCCGCGGAAGAAGAGGAAGAAGACGACGAGUCACAGGCGACGGGCUCGUCGGCAGCCGGCGACGCCCACGGCCGGGCCGAGCGCGAGGGCCCCUUUGACUGGCGGCCCGAUGCCUCCAUCACCGAGGUGCCCGCCCUCGUCGCCCUCGCCCUCGUCUUUCUCCGCAGCGGCCGGCGCGACGUGGCCGACAAGAUUGCGAUGCCGCGUGCCUCGCGCGACCUUGAUGCUAUCCGGCCUGACGUCGUCCUCGCCCGCGUCCUCGCCCGCAGCCUCAUCCUCCUCGACGACGUGGCGCCCACCCAGGCCUGGCUCGACGCCUGCGUGCCUGCCUUUCUCCGCGACGCACGUCGCGCCACGGCGCCCCAGUCGCACCAGCUCGCCCUGUACAACAUCCUCGGCGGCGCCGCCUUUGCGCUCGCGCUCAAGUAUGCCGGCUCGGCCUAUCCACAAGCCGUCGCCACCCUCGAGGCGAACCGGGCCAUGCUCGCGCGCCUCGUCGACGAGGCCACUGUCAGCAGCACCGACAGCGGCGACUACUUUGCCCGCAUCCGGCUCCAGACGCUGAGCACCGUCUGCGACGUCGUCACAAACGGCCUCUGCCUCGUCCUCGCCGGCCGCGGCUCCGUCGACGUGCUCAAGGUGCUGCGCCGGAACCUGUAUCGGAGUGCGGCUGCUGCUCCUCCUCCAGGCCAGGGCUACGGCAGCUUCAGCGCGACGACGCAGGCGCUCGGCACCCUCUUUCUCGGUGGCGGCCGCCUGACCUUUGCUGCGUCCGACCUCGGCCUCGCGGGCCUGCUCAUCGCCUACUUUCCGCGCUACCCCACGGGCACGGGCGCCGGUGCAAGCGCAGGUGCAGGUGCCAGUGCCGACCAGCGCGCCUACCUCCAGGCCUGCCGCCACCUCUGGGUGCUCGCCGUCGAGCCGCGCCUGCUCGUUGUGCGCGAUGUCGACGACGGCCGCAUCCUCAAUGGCGUUGCUGUGCGCAUCACCACGCGUGGCAGGAAUCCAGGGCAGGGCGCGCACCAGCUUGAGCAAGAGAAGGAGCGCGUCUGCACGACGCCGUGCCUGCUCCCGGACCUCGCCGACGUCGCCUCGCUCGAGGUCGUCGAUCCCGCGGGACGCUUCUGGAGCAACCGCGUCGUUCUUGACGGCGCCGGUGCGAGCGAGGCGGCGCGUGCGCUCGUCUGGACGCGCACGCUCUAUGUCCAGCGUCGCCCGUCGCAGCGCCACAAGGACGAUGAUGGAGCAGGGCAGGGCCAGGUUGAGGGCGCAGGAGGGGCACGCAUCAGCAAGCGGCGCGAAGCCACGCCUGCUGAACGGGAACGGCUGCGCGCCUAUGCGCUCUCGAUCGGGCAGGCGCCGGCGCAUUCAUCGUUGUCGUCGCCGCCGCCGCCGUGCGAAAUGACGCGCGCACUGGCGGCCAGCCUCGCGCGCUUCGGCGUGCCACCCUACGGUGUGCUCUGCCAGCUGCGCAUGCUCGUCGAGCGCGAGCGCGAGCACGAGCGCGAGACGGGCGCGGCGACGAGGGUGCAGCUCCGGCUCAUGGCACGCCUCGCGGUGCGCGCCUUGUCGGGCCAGCAGGACGACGUCGAUGGCGAUAUCCUCGAUCUCUUUGUAGAUGCCUGGUCCCCCACUGUACAGUAG